AUGUCACUCCGUGUAAGAUCGGUGUGCACAGCUGGACCUUACUCUGCCACGUCACCCCAAACCGUAUAUAACCCAAUCCCACCCGAUCAUCCUCGCUCAGUUCCCAAAAACCUUCGACGCGCGAAAAGAAAAGAGAGACCUCCAUUUGACUCCACUCCAAUGUCUUCCUCCUCCUCCUCCUUCUCCCCCGCCACGCUCACCACCGAGCAAGAACUCUCCGUCAUCGUCGCCGCGCUUACCAACGUCGUCGCCGGCUCCACCUCCUCCGAUGCUGUCUCCCUCCCGGACUUCCGCCUCCCUCACACCUCCCAGCCUCUCGCCGCAACCACCUUCGACCGGAUAGUCCCGCCGCCCACCACGUGUCGCGAGUGCAACAUCGCUGGCUGCUUGGGCUGCAACUUCUUCCCCGAGGAGAAAAAGAAACAAAAGAGGGCCAAGAAGAAAUACAGAGGCGUCAGGCAGAGACCCUGGGGCAAGUGGGCGGCGGAGAUUCGUGACCCUCGCCGUGCGGCCCGGGUCUGGCUCGGAACUUUCAACACGGCCGAGGAGGCCGCCCGGGCCUACGACAAGGCCGCCAUCGAGUUCCGCGGCCCACGGGCCAAGCUCAAUUUUCCCUUAGUGGACGAGUCCUUAAGCAUGCAGCAGAGCGAGCCAGAGAGGGUUGCAGCGGAAGAGCAGAUAAAGAACGAGAAUCUCAACCACGGCAUGGAAAUGAACAAGGAUGCCGAAUUCUGGGACAGGAUUUGGGAAGCGGAUUUUCAUCAGCUGAUGAUGGAAUUUACUGGAGAUUCUUCCGACUCCGCCACUGGGAACACCCUUAGUGGAGCCCACCGUGCAUCACCUGAAGAGGUUAGAUGUUGUCGUGUGGCGUGCACUGGGAGAGUGGCUGCUGAUUCUCUUACCGAGUCCUAA